CGUUUGCUGUCAGUCUGCUAUGUUGUUUAUACUAAUACACUAAUAUUAUAACACACAAUACUCGCAGUAGAUAGUAUGAGUGUACCGUUGUUCGUUAAGUUGGAAAAUUUGAAGUAUUUCCGGGGUAUUUUUAUAACUUGGAUACAUAAUAUACCGUGACACCUACCUGCUGCCCUGACAACGGUUAACUAACGGUCAUAACGCUCUCAUGUCCACCGCGGUGAUAGUAGCGGCUGUAGUCGGCGGAGGGAUUUUGCUCCUCAUGCGCCGUUUGUUCCCCCAGAAAGCUGCGGUGAAGCUGCUCCGGUAUCCGGCCGACACCAUGCAAGGAAAGACGGUGAUCGUGACGGGAGCUAACAGCGGGAUCGGGAAGGCCCUGGCCGGAGAGCUGCUGAAGCUCCGAGCCCGGGUCAUCAUGGCCUGUCGGGACCAGCGGAGCGCCGAGGAGGCGGCGGUGGACAUCCGAGGACAAGCGGGUCCAGAGCAGGGAGAGGUGGUCAUCAAACAUCUGGACCUAGCUUCUCUCGUUUCAGUUAGACAGUUCUGUGAGGAGAUCUGUAAGGAGGAAUCCAGGAUCGACGUGCUCAUCAACAACGCCGGCGUCUACCAAUGUCCCUACACAAAGACGGUGGACGGUUUUGAGAUGCAGCUCGGUGUGAACCACCUGGGUCACUUCCUCCUCACUCACCUCCUGCUGGACCUCCUGAAGGCGUCGGCGCCCAGCCGCAUCGUAGUGGUCUCCUCGAAGCUCUACAAGUACGGCCACAUCAACUUUGACGACCUGAACAGUGAAAGUAACUACGAUAAGGCCUUCUGCUACAGCCAGAGCAAGUUGGCCAACCUGCUGUUCACGCUGGAGCUGGCUCGUCAGCUGGAGGGCACGGGGGUCACGGUCAACGCUCUCACCCCGGGCAUCGUGAGGACCAGACUGGGCCGGCACGUUCAAAUCCCUUUCCUGGCAAAGCCGCUGUUCCACCUCGCCUCGCUGGUCUUCUUCAAGAGUCCACUGGAGGGGGCCCAGACUCCUCUCUAUCUGGCCUACUCCCCGGAGGUGGAGGGAGUGUCGGGGAAGUGUUUCGCUAACUGCGCGGAGGAGGAGCUGAUGGUCAAAGCUACAGAUGAGCAGGCAGCCAAGAAACUGUGGGACAUAAGCAGCAGGAUGGUGGGGCUCGCUGACUGAGCAGAGUCCUGUACCGUGGACAAAAUCCUUAAUCUCUAGCAGCCCCUCGGACUCUGCUCUGCAGGAGAUGGCUUGUGAAGAGAGACUGAUUGCCACCUUGGGGAUUUAUUGAAUGACAUGUUGUGCCAAUGAAGUGUGUACAUUUGUGAGCAAGAGUGUGUUUUGCAGUGGGUUGAACAGAGAAUGUGUAAAGCUUUGAAUUAAAAAAUGUAAAAGUGAUGGUCCAAACGAA